AUGGCAAGACGAAGGUUUAAGAAGUUCAGCACUCUGGAGCUUGUGCUCAUUGUUCUGCUGCUUGUUCUGUUCAUCAUCGCGGUGGUUCUAAUCGUGCUCUUAGCCAACUCCAAGGAACCAAAUGCCUCAGAUGCUGAAACAACUGGCACUCCAGACACUACAAUUACCAGGACCACUCUUAACUCUCCCAAUUGCCCAGUGCUAAGUGAGCUGGAACGGAUAAACUGCAUCCCUGACAAAUCAUCUGACAAGGCCACAUGUGAUGAGCGUGGCUGCUGUUGGGAUCCUCAGGGAUCUAUCAGUCUUCCUUGCUACUAUUCCAGAAAUCAUGGCUACAAAAUGGAGAGUGACUCUGUAGACACAAAUGCAGGAUUCACAGCUGCACUGAAGAACUUACCUUCUGCACCCGUGUUCGGAAAUGGCAUCGAGAACAUCCUGCUUACAGCAGAGUACCAGACAUCGAACCGCUUCCACUUUAAGUUGACUGACCAAACCAAGGACAGGUACGAAGUGCCCCAUGAGCAUGUGAAACCCUUCAGUGGAAAUGCUGCUUCUUCCUUGAACUACAACGUUGAGGUCUCCAAGGAGCCAUUUGGCAUCAAAGUCACCAGAAAAAGCAAUAACCGUGUGCUGUUUGACUCAAGUAUUGGGCCCCUUCUCUUUUCUGACCAGUUCCUGCAGCUUUCUACCCGCCUGCCAAGUGCUAAUGUAUAUGGUCUGGGUGAACAUGUGCACCAGCAGUACCGACAUGAUAUGAAUUGGAAGACGUGGUCCAUGUUUGCCAGAGACACAACCCCGAAUGAGGACGGAUAUAACUUGUAUGGUGUGCAGACAUUCUUCCUGUGCCUUGAAGAUAGUAGUGGAUUGUCCUUUGGGGUGUUUCUGAUGAACAGCAAUGCCAUGGAGGUUACCCUUCAGCCUACCCCAGCAAUCACAUACCGCACCAUUGGGGGAAUUUUGGACUUCUAUGUGUUCUUGGGGAACACACCUGAGCAAGUUGUUCAAGAAUAUCUAGAGCUCAUUGGACGGCCAGCUCUGCCUUCAUACUGGUCACUUGGGUUUCAGCUCAGCCGGUAUGAUUAUGAAACCCUAGACAAUAUGAAAGCAGUCGUGGAGAGAAACCGUGCAGCACAACUCCCUUAUGAUGUUCAGCAUGCUGAUAUUGAUUAUAUGGACCAGAGGAGGGACUUCACUUAUGACCUGGUGAAUUUUAAAGGCUUCCCAGAGUUUGUUAAGGAGCUACACAAUAAUGGACAGAAACUUGUUAUCAUUUUGGAUCCAGCCAUUUCCAACAACUCAUUCUUAAGUAAUCCCUAUGGCCCAUACGACAGGGGUUCAGAACUGAAAAUCUGGGUGAAUAGUUCUGAUGGCAUCAAUGCACUCAUUGGAGAGGUCUGGCCUGGAACAACUGUGUUCCCUGAUUACACCAGUCCCAAAUGUACUGAUUGGUGGACAAACGAAUUUGAGCGUUUCCACCGUGUAGUAGAGUUUGAUGGAAUUUGGAUUGAUAUGAAUGAAGUCUCCAACUUUGUUGAUGGUUCAGUUUCUGAAUGUUCCCAAAACAACUUGAAUAAUCCCCCAUUCACACCAAAGGUCCUGGAUGGGUACUUGUUCUCUAAGACUCUCUGCAUGGAUGCAGUUCAACACUGGGGGAAGCAUUAUGAUGUCCACAAUCUGUACGGAUAUUCCAUGGCCAUUGCCACAGCAGAAGCCAUGAAGAUCCUGUUCCCAGAGAAGAGAAGCUUCAUCCUAACACGUUCUACCUUCGCUGGUUCUGGCAAAUUUGCAGCCCACUGGUUAGGAGAUAACACUGCCACCUGGAAGGACCUUCAGUGGUCUAUCCCAGGCAUGCUUGAGUUCAACCUCUUCGGUAUCCCAAUGGUAGGGGCCGAUAUAUGUGGCUUUGCCCAGGACACAUAUGAGGAGCUCUGCAGGCGCUGGAUGCAGCUGGGGGCAUUUUAUCCGUUUUCCCGGAAUCACAAUGGCCAAGGCUACAAGGACCAGGAUCCUGCUUCUUUUGGAGCUGACUCCUUGCUGUUGAAUUCGUCUAGGCACUACCUUAACAUCCGCUACACUCUGCUGCCUUACCUCUAUACUCUUUUCUACAGAGCACACAGCCGGGGAGACACCGUAGCUAGGCCUCUUCUGCAUGAGUUCUAUGAAGACAGCAAUACUUGGGGCAUAGACCGGCAAUUUCUGUGGGGACCAGGUCUCCUCAUCACUCCUGUUCUGGAUCAGGGUGCAGAGAAAGUGAAAGCAUAUGUGCCUAAUGCCACCUGGUACGACUAUGAGACCGGAGAGCAAUUGGCAUGGAGACAGCAAAGCAUUGAGAUGGAACUUCCUGGAGACAAGAUUGGACUUCACCUUCGAGGGGGCUACAUCUUCCCCACACAACAGCCAGCCACAACCACAGAAGUCAGCCGGAAGAAUCCUCUUGGUCUUAUCAUUGCUCUGGAUGAGAACAAAGAAGCAAAAGGAGAGCUGUUCUGGGAUGAUGGGGAGUCGAAGGAUACUGUGGACAAAAACAUGUACCUUUUCAGUGAAUUUUCUGUCACUCAAAACCGUUUGGAUGUGACAAUUUCAAGUCCAAACUACAAGGAUCCCAAUAACCUAGAAUUCCAGGAAAUCAAAAUCCUUGGGACCCAGGAAUUCCGCAAUGUUAGAGUGAGACAGAAUGGGGCUCUCCUUCAAAUGUCUCCUCAAGUCACUUACAAUUCAAACCUGAAGGUUGCCACCAUCACAAAUAUCCAUCUCAUGCUGGGAGAAGCAUAUACAGUUGAGUGGGGCUUCUCCACAAGGGAGGAGGAAAGGAUAGACUGCUAUCCAGAUGAGCAUGGUGUUUCUGAGGCAAACUGCACUGCUCGAGGUUGCAUCUGGGAGGUAUCCAGCACUCCUGGGGUCCCUCAUUGCUACUUUGCUAAUGAGCUGUACUCAGUCAGCAACAUUCAGUAUGACUCACAUGGGGCCACAGCUGACAUCACCUUGAAGGCUUCUUCUUAUAGCAAUGCCUUCCCCUCUACACCUGUGAAUCAACUCCAAUUGAAAGUGACCUACCACAAGAAUGAAAUGCUGCAGUUUAAGAUCUAUGAUCCCAACCACAGUCGAUAUGAAGUCCCAGUCCCUCUGAACAUCCCCAGUGCUCCAUCAAGCACUGAAGACCGUCUAUAUGAUGUCCUCAUCAAGGAGAAUCCAUUUGGGAUUCAAAUUCGCCGGAAGAGUACAGGCACUGUAAUCUGGAACUCUCAGGUCCUUGGCUUCACCUUCAAUGACAUGUUCAUUCGCAUCUCCACCCGCCUGCCCUCCACAUACAUCUAUGGCUUUGGAGAAACUGAGCACACGACCUUCAAGACAGACCUGAACUGGCAUACGUGGGGCAUGUUUUCCAGGGAUGAACCUCCAGGGUAUAAGAAGAAUUCCUAUGGUGUCCACCCUUACUACAUGGGGCUGGAGGAGGAUGGCAAUGCCCAUGGAGUCCUCCUGAUGAACAGCAAUGCUAUGGAUGUGACCUUCCAGCCUCUGCCUGCCCUGACAUACCGAACCACAGGGGGCAUUCUGGACUUCUAUGUGUUCUUGGGCCCAACUCCAGAGAUUGUCACUCAGCAAUACACAGAGCUGAUUGGUCGGCCCGUGAUGGUACCUUACUGGUCCCUGGGAUUCCAGCUGUGUCGCUAUGGAUAUGAGAAUGAUGCUGAGAUCGCCAACUUGUAUGAUGAAAUGGUGGCUAAGCAGAUCCCCUAUGAUGUGCAGUACUCAGACAUUGACUACAUGGAGAGACAGCUGGACUUCAAGCUCAGCCCCAUGUUCCUUGGGUUACCAGCCCUGAUCCAUCGCAUGAAGGACGAUGGGAUGCGGGUCAUCCUUAUUCUGGAUCCAGCCAUUUCAGGCAAUGAAACACAGCCUUAUCCUGCCUUCACUAAUGGUUUGGCAAAUGACGUCUUCAUCAGAUAUCCCAAUAAUGGAGACAUUGUCUGGGGAAAGGUCUGGCCCGAUUACCCUGAUAUUGUUGUGAACUCUUCUCUGGACUGGGACAUUCAAGUAGAGCAAUACCGAGCUUAUGUGGCCUUCCCAGACUUUUUCCGGAAUUCAACUGCCCCAUGGUGGAAGCAGGAGAUCCAAGAACUCUACACGAACACAGAGGAACCAGAAAAGAGCUUGAAGUAUGCUCAGUAUGAGAUGUGUGUUCGCUGGAUGCAGCUGGGUGCCUUUUACCCCUUCUCCAGGAACCACAACACCAUUGGGACCAGAAGACAAGAUCCAGUAUCCUGGGAUAAAAACUUUGAGGAUAUUUCCAGAAGUGUGCUGGAGACCAGAUACACGCUGUUGCCUUAUCUCUACACCUUGAUGUACAAGGCCCACAAGGAGGGCAGCACAGUUGUGCGGCCUCUUCUCCAUGAAUUUCUGGCAGACCGGGAGACCUGGAACAUAGACAAACAGUUCCUGCUGGGUCCAGCCUUCUUAGUCAGCCCUGUGCUGGAGCUUAAUGCCAGAAACGUCACUGCAUAUUUCCCUAAAGGCCAGUGGUAUGAUUAUUACACG